AUGCCUAAUUUGAACUUUAUAAAUGCAAAUAUUCUUGACACAACACAGGAAGAUGUGUUUAAUUUGACAUUCACAGAUGCACCAGCUGCCACUAAUCAGUUUAACUUGAAGCAAAAUGUAUCCAAUUUGCAUCAACAUCAGCAACAAGACUUGACAACUGCGCAACUACUUAGAGCAUCAUUACAACAACAGCUGUCAUUACUAACUACUUCAACAAAUGAUGAAAAUUCACUUGAAAACAAUCACACUGUCUCUUCUAUUCAAAAAUCUCAACAGCUUCAACAAAAUCAACAUCAGCAGCAAAAUCAGCAGUCACAACAAACUCAACAUUUACAACAGCAGCUAUCACAACAGCAACGUUUGCAACAGCAACAUCAGCUAGUGAAACAGCCAACAUUCCAACAACAAAGAGACAUCCAAGAACAGAAAAUAUCAGAUUACGCCUUCAACUGUCUCACAGAAUAUGAUUUCUGCGUCCUUGACCAUUUUCAGGGCAGCCAGAAAUCUUUGAACCUUCUCAACGAAGUACAGAAGAUCAUAAAUAGUCAAAGAUUUGAGGAUGGUCGUCUGAUGGCGUCCAAUCAGGACUCAUUAUCGGUGCGAGGGGAUAAAAUAUUUUGGCUAGGUGAUCUCAACAUGACUCCAUGCAUCAUGCAGUUGAUUCAGAAGAUGGCUAGGAUAAUCUUUAAGUUUAACGAGAGGCUCUCAAAUGUCUGCAUCAGGAGUCAUUCCAAGCCGAUGCUAGCUUGCUACCCUGGAUCUGGCGCUGGAUACAUGCGACACGUCGACAACUCCAACCAAGAUGGCCGACUAAUCACGUGCCUCUACUACCUCAAUAAAGAUUGGAAUGCCAAGGUUGAUGGAGGAAUGUUGAGAUUGCAUCCAUCCAUUAAGCAUGAAAAAGUAGAUGUGGAACCUCUUCUAGAUAGGUUAUUGUUAUUCUGGUCAGAUUGUAGAAAUCCCCACGAGGUUCUACCUUCAUUUAAAAACAGAUAUGCUAUCACAGUUUGGUACUUUGACACAGAAGAACGAGAGCAGGCCAAACUAAAGCUUCAAGGUUGUUGA